AUGUUUGAUGAAGAUUUAUUGAUUAAAAAUCGAUUACUAAUUGAAGAAAGACCAUUAAAAAAAGUAUUAAAACGUUGUAGUUCUAUCAUAGAACAUCACUAUAAUGCAACCCAUGAAUUCCAAGAAUCUCUAAAUAAUCAAAUCAAUAUAGAUUUUACAUAUUUUGAACUCACUAUAAAACGAUUAGCAUCAUUAUGGAAAACAAACAAAUUAGAAAUAUUUAAUUAUUCUAAUGAAAAACUAGAAUUAGAUAAAAUGAUUUUAUCUACAAAAACAAAUAUAUAUCAACUUUAUGAUAAACUUUAUCAAGCUCAAAAAAUUAAAUUAAAUAAAUUAGAAUACAACAAACUCACAAAUGAAAUUCAGUCAGAUCAACCCAAAGACAGAAAAACAUUGCAGGAUCUUAUUAAUAAAUUGCAUGCAGAAAUCCACGCCCUAAAAUUAGAAAAAAAAUCAUAUAUAAAUAUAUGGCAUUCUAGAAAAUCGCAAUUUGCGGAAACAAUUAUUACUUUACAGGCUAUAUCUAACAAUAUUCAAACGGAAAAAGAACAAGAAAAAUCAAAAGGAUUAACAGAAACAGAAAUACAAGAGUAG